AUGUCAGCUGCAAAGACCCGCGCAAGCGACCAUUACCUCAAAGCGUAUGGCGAUGGCGAAUCCGGCGUUGAAUUUGACAGCACAGGCAACGGGCCUUUGAAUGUCCCUGGAUUCCCCCUAGCUGUGUCUAUCGAGCGCAGCCACGAUGAGCGGUUCGCUCAUGGAUUCAACGAUUGGUCCCAAGAUCGCCUGACCGCCCGGGAAAUAGCCAUGAUAUCUCUUAUCAACGACAUUACGGACAAGCCGGGCUGGUCCAAGGACGUGUUUAAUGAUGUCAAGGUGGGGUCGUGGCGGGCAGAAGCUUUGGCUUGCACGUUGAUGAGCCCUCUCGCCUGGGACUGGUGUCUUCUCGAACUUCAAGACAUGGCGAAGGAUGCUGAUGAGCGCGGACAUAUAUGUGUUCUCAACACGGCAUCACGGGUAUGCAAGUCAGAUGGGCUGUUUUCGCCCUCUUUUUUGGAACAACUCACGCUACGAACCGGGUCAGUCUGGCACGAUUGCCCGUUUGGAGUCGACCCGAACAUGUUUCCCUUGGUAUAUGGCCAAACCAAAGUUCUUUCACAGGGCGGUCAGGUCGAUUUCGAACAUGUCAUCGACAGCGUUGGAAAAGGCGAAACAGCCCGUCGCCAACUGCUUGAGCCCCUGACCACGGCGAAGGGGCGCGAGAAUAUGCGAAACCAUCGCCGCCAAUGGCUCAACUCCUGGGAUACUCAUACGGAACGCUUUUCGGACCGCUUCCAAUGGCUUCCAUGUGAAGUCGACUUCUCUGAAGCCAACACACAUUCUGAUAGGUGUCCAGACGUCAAGAUCACUUCAUACAUUAACAACCUGCACCCAGGGGCCCACAAGAGCCUCUACAGCACCAUCGAAAAGUUCAUCUCAUUAUCGAUCCAGCCUUGGAAUGAUAUUCUUGCCUACCGUAGCCGAGGGCGAUGCCCCAGUCGCAUUAGAACAUUCGGUGUGGUUUGGUGGCCUCCUUUCCCAGACUGGGCUGCCGGCCUGAACAAGAUCGAGAAGGAUAUAACGACUGAGGAGUAUAGAGACGCGAAGAGAAAAGUGGAAGAGUAUCUUAAUAUCCCGGAGCUGCCUCCCGCAUUGCAGCUGAAUAUGACCUCCCGAGUCGGACUUCCGACCAUUGAAGAAGACUGGGAAGAUCUUGGCCUGGCCUGGGCUGUCCGUGUCAAACAUGAACGCCUCAAACACUGGCUUCACCCUGAGCCGGGCAUUUCCUUCACAUACGGUGACUGGAGGCAAGGAAAGACUGGGAAAGCUCUUGUGGGAGGCCGAAUGCCAAGAAAACCAUUAACGAAAUUCGUGCCGGGACUCACUCCGCUGGAACCUGGGCCAGACCACCACUUCUACGCUGUUUCGCUGAAGGAUCAUUUUCUCAAGCAAGGUCUGCAAGUUGUUGUUCAACUAUCAACCGUCGAACUGACACCAGAACAUCCAGUCCAGUAA